UAGAGGUACAAUACAUGUGUUUCAUUUUGUCGAACAUAUCAUUAGAAAUAAUUGCUGAAACUGUUAACGUCAUCAGAUAUAAAAAGAAACAAGUUAACAGUGACUUUAUCAAAUAAUUAUCUUUAAAAUUAUCAUAAGCUAUUGUUAGCAUUCAGAUAUGAAAAAAGAUAGAAGUGGAUGUUAAAUUGGAGUGAAGAACAGCGGAUUUGUUGUUAAGUCGAGUGUAACCUUAGCCCAAACAUGACUAGUGGGGAAAAAGAAAGUUUAAAUCAGUUCUUUCAAACACAUGAUGGUUUUAAACCAACAGGCGAUGAAAACAUCCGGAGUUUAGCAGAUAAACAGAGCAAUAUGUCCUUUUCUCCUAUUGAUUCAGACCAUCAUGGAUCGUUGGGCGAUCAUAGGGCUUCUUCGACAGGAGAUGUGCGUGGAAAUAAUCAUGAAGAAUCUACUACUGGAGGAAUGCACGCUUCUAAAACGGUUCCUUGUAACCUUGACGAUACAGAUAAAACAUUUACAGCAGGUGAACCAAAUAACGAGGCAGCUGAUGCAAAUGCGUACAAAUUCAACCAUUAUAUGCGAGGCCAUGCCAUCAUAGUCGUAAAUGACACGUUUCAGAAUUAUGACUUCAGGGAAGGAGCAAAGUAUGACCUGAAAAAUAUGAAGGAAAUAGCUAAAAAAUUGGGAUUCAAAUGGCAAAAUCGGCUUUUUUACGAAAAUGUUACACACAAACAGAUGAAUAUGGUUCUAAAAGAUGCAACUGAAGCAGAUCAUACAAACUGCGAAGGUCUUUUAUUCAUGAUAAGUACACAUGGCGAAGAAAAAGAAAAUCCAAAAGCAAAAGGAAAGAAGGACCAUGCACUUAUUUGCUCAGAUGACAGAUUUAUUUACACAAGUGAAAUUACAAAAAUGUUUAAUGAUACAAAAUGUCCUUCCCUGAAAGGAAAACCGAAAUUAUUCUUCAUACAGGCUUGCAGAGGCACAGAAGUAGACCACGGGGUCAACAUUUCAAUAUUGGUUCAGAAAUUUCAAGAUCCACCUCACGACGCAUCAGCUACAACGCGAAAACACUCGAUUGACCAAACAGAUGCAAAAGGUUUACCUAAUUCAUCGAAAGUUCCACAAGCACAAUCUGCCACUACAGGUAAAGACCUAAAAGAAACAAAUGAAACACCAACACCAAUUAAAGAGACAGUGGAAGAAAAUAAACUGUCUGAAAGGUCCCCCAAGCUACUACCAUAUCCAAUCAUUGAAACACCAUACUUGGAGUGUGAGAAAGACCAACUCGUAUUUUAUGCAAUUCCACCUGGAUAUUUUGCUUGGAGGAACGAAAGAGAAGGUUCCUGGAUGAUUUACUAUCUUCACGCCCUCGUGAUGGCUCACUCUGACACACGCCACCUUAAUCUCCUAAGCCUCCUUACCAGGGUUUCGGCCAGAAUGUCAGUCAGAUCAACAUAUAUUCCCGGCGAAUCUAAAAUGGAGAAGAAAAAGGCUGUACCGGUAAUCGAGCACAAACUGAUCAAAGAUGUUGUGUUCAGUCCGUAUUUGAAGAAGUCAUAAUCCAAUGUGUGUCACAUGUAUUUCAUAUGUCCCAGUACCAGUUAUUUUAUUUAUGUAAGGCAGAAAUACACAUCUGCGUUUCAAAUUUUACAAUACGAAAAUCUUUACUAGUAAAUGUACAAUAAAAUCGAAAGUGGAUGUUCAUGUGCGUCCAUUUUUUUGUAAAUUGCAUUGCAAUUUAUAUUUACUAACAAAUGGUAGAACUACGAAAACUUCCAGAACAACCGAAGGACGAAAGUCGAUGUUAGAAUUAACAUACUACGUUAACAGCCAAGAAGACAUGUCCACACAUCUACGACGCAGACUACACAGAGGCUAUGUCAAAGUGUUUUUUUCUUCGAAAUACGUUCGGAUUAAAGAAAGAGAAGAACUUUUUCUCACUUCAGAUGGAACAUUAAUUAAACAUUCAUCAUAUUGAUUCGACAAAUAAAUGUAUUCUGUGAGACUUUAUCCUAUAUGGAUAAUUUUAACUAACAAUGAAAACAAACAUGUAGCCAAGUUAACCCUACCUACUGUCCAUUUUGUAAUUGUGAUUCGUUGUAUAUAAGGGAUGAUUUCGGAACUUUUUUGAUAAUCCAACUGCAAAGUUGUGACUUCGUUUUAUGUAUCCAUUUUUGGCAUUUCUUUUACUGCUCACGUUAAUCAUUUAUCAUCUAAAGAAUAAUAAAACUUGUUUGAAUUGUUUCAAUUCUUGUUAAGCAUACCUAUUUUUAUAUAUAGUAUGUAUGCACUGUGCUGUUUGUGGAGUUUUGUGCUGUUCUUCUAUGUUUCUUGUUUGUGAUUUUAUGUUAUAUGUCUUUGGCGAAAAUCCGGUGCCACUAAAACGGGUUUAUGUUUAAACCUUUUGCUACUGAGCUUGUUUUGUAGCCUUUUGCAUAAAUAUUGUUUCUAAUUCAUGCCAUUAGAUGGGCUCUUAUUGUACUUUGUAUUAUAUCUUUUAACCAUUUGUCUAGUGUUGUAUUAUAUUAUUAUAUUUAUAUUUGUUUUUAAAUGUACUGGACACAAAUAUACUAGAACCUUUAGAAGAGCUUUGAUCACCACAUCCUAUUUAACACAGUAACUGCACUUUGAGUACAAUAAAAUAUAAAGAAAGUGGUUCAACUUUGAUACCCAAUAUCUAGUAAUUUUUUAUUUCAAUUUUAAUCAAGGUUUUUUGUACAAGCUUUCCCGUAUUACAUAUUGGAAACAAAACAUUGUUUUAAAUAACAAAGUCGUAAACUCGGUAGUGAACAGCUGCAGUCUUAAAAUACUUUUAAUAAAUGAAAUAUCAAUUCCGAAAAAUGCAACACUAAAAUCAGUGAAAUUGAGUUUGUUCAUCUGAGAAUACGUAUUUUAUGGUCAUAUAUUUAGUUUGACAUGUCGUUAUUCAGAAACAUACCGAAGCGAUACGAAAAGAACGCUUAGCCCAGAAAAGGAAAAUGGUGAACGUUUCGGAUCGUUCGGUCGUGACCCAAUGAAAUCACAAGGAAGAAUUGGUAAGGAAUUGUCGAAUAUGACAUCUGUUAUGUCAGAAAUGGAUUCGUACCUUUAAACAACAAGGAUGCAAAGCAGCAACACGGAUGCCUAUGGCGGCUAGAGCCUAAGCAAACAGAUGUCAUCAAAACCAUAUCAACUGAUACUUAAAGAUACCUACCCCCACAACGAAUACCCGAUGUUGUCUGAAGUAGCUGGACCGAAAUACUACAUGGGUCACUUUUUAAAAGCACGAUAACAAAAAACAGACACAGAAAUCGGAAGUGGAUGAGAGCAGACAGGUCGUUUUAAAGACACAAAACAUUGAACGCAUCCAAACUAAGAUGAAGUAUGGACAGAACAUGAAAGGUCAAAGCUCCGUUCCACUGCAUCUAUGUAACGAUCCGACCUCUUUGUUGUACCAACGCAGUCCCCAUCUUAGCACUAGAGAUCGAACCUAUCUUGAAGCAGAUUUAAGAGAUCUCCGAUCUACAGUAUCGCGUUACCCAUACGCUCUACAUAACACUGUUAAAAACGACGAAAGCGUCCCAAAUCCUUUGAUCUUCAAAGCAUCCACACAAGCAUGGGUGAACACAUCCUAUCCUACAACAUUUGGAUACGAUAGAUCUGUGGAUAUAAACGAUAAAGAUUUGAAAUCUGGUAGAAUAAGAUCUAACAGCACACCUGAGUGGUUUUCUGACCUUUUCCCAAGACCAAGGGUCGCCGAUACUAUGAAAUUUAUGGGACAACCUAAGGCACUUAACCAAUCACCAAGCAAGCAAGAAUUAAUUAAUUUUGACGGAAAGAAAUGAAAGCUGCGAAAAACAGGAAAAACACUCAAAUUAGAAUAUAUUAAACUACAUGUACAUAUUCUGUAACAUUCUGUCAUAGGGAUUCCCGGAUUUAACAUCAUGAUUCUAGACUGGUCAAUGUUUGUCAACAUAUUCUGUAUCUUCUGUGUAUAUCUUUGUAUUGAUAUAUCAAAAUUACGUUAAUGACCUUAAAAUUUAAGAUUACCUAACGGUAGAUAUGAUAGAUUGAAACAAAACUCAAAUGAAAGCGAGGACGAUUGCUCUUUCGGAAGUUAUACCUUAUAUGGUUAAAUGUAUAUUUUUGCUAAAUUUCCAGCACAUGUAUGAUUUAUAUAUGUUCAGUAAAUAUAUAUCAGAUGCUUUCAAAGUUCGCUGUAUGUCAUUGAUGAAUAUAUUAGCCGUGUAAUAUAAUUAUCUGUUGUAUUCAGAAGUUUGUUAUGUUAACAUUUAAAACUAUUUAAGUGUUGCAUUACUCUCAUGUAUUAUAUUUUAUAUUUGUUUAUGUUUGUUAUGUAAAUUGAAGGAGCUCCAUCAGGUUUGUACUUAUCAAGUGUUUGUCAAUGUAUAAUAUUGUUCUUGCAAUGGUACAAUUCAUGUCAUCCUUUAUAUGUUUGUGAUGGUAUUUCCUAAUAUUUUGAUAAAUGUCGCUCACACAUUCUAUAAUUGUGAUAUUAACACCUUUAUAUUUUGUGUUGAUUUAUUACAGUAAUUGUAACGUUACGUCUAAUUCUGUUCUAUCAUCAUCACAAAUAAUAUUUAUAUCUACUUAAAAAUAC